UUCCCGGGCGGCCGUUUUCCCUUCCCGCCGCUCGCCCCGGGGCUGGGACCGGCUGCCACGUCCCGUCUGGUCCCCGGUGCCCCGGGGCCGAGGUGCCCGGUACAACCCGUUGGCCGCCGUUCAAGACAAACAGGGCCAGGACGGUUCCAGCUUUGCCGCAGGUCACUGCGCUGGGAAGGACGGGCUCGGGUCGGCCUCGGCGGGGCCAAAACACCGGGACGUCGGCACCUGGACAUCGGCACCGGGCACCUGCCGGGGCCAUGGGGCUGGUGGGAAAGUUGGGGGCUCGGGGUCUGCGUCCCCCCGGGGUGGGACACGAGGGCCCGUCGCUGCCAGCGAGGAAGAACGCUGCCUCGCACCCCCCUGGGGAUCCCCUCUGGGGGUGUCGGGGUGGGGGACGGAGCACUGACCCCUUCCCGGCGCCUGCAGCAUGUCGUGGUUCAGCGGCAUCCUGGUGCCCAAGGUGGAUGAGCGGAAGACGGCAUGGGGGGAGCGCAACGGCAAGAAGGGCCCCCGUCCCCGCGCCGCCCUCUGCGGCCCCCGCUACAUGAGCUGCCUGCAGGACCCUGAGAUGGAGCAGGGUGGGGGGCCCCCCCCCCGGGGGCUGCGCUGCACCUGGCAGGAGGACCACUACGGCAAGAAGGGGCCCGUGGGUGACCUGGGGCUCAAAUCGGUGGACCUGGGCUUGGAGGACGGUGACGCCAAGGGGCCCAAGGAGGCCGGGGGGCGGCCGUCGGCCGGCGAAUGCUGGCGGCGGCUGCUCCAGGUUUUCCGCUCCAAACGUUUCCAGUCGGCCAAACUGGAGCGGCUUUACCAGCGCUACUUCUUCCAGAUGAACCAGAGCAGCCUGACGGUACUGAUGGGGGUCCUGGUGCUGGUCUGUGGGGUCAUGCUGCUCUUCCACUGCCUGCCCGGCGCCCCGCGUGUGCCGGCGGCCGCCGCCUUGGCGAGUGCCACGGCUCUUUUCCUGCUCCUGAUGGUGCUGUGCAGCCGCAGCGCCUUCCCCCAGGACUACAUGUGGGUGGUGAGCUACGUGGUGCUGGGGCUGCUGGCCGGGGUGCAGGCGCUGGGGACGGUGGCCGUCGUGCCCCGCAGCGCGGCCGAGGGCGUCUGGUGGAGCGUCUUCUUCAUCUACAUCACCUACACGCUGCUGCCGGUGCGGAUGCGGGCGGCCGUGCUGGCCGGAGUCCUCCUCUCCGCCCUGCACCUCACCAUCGCCUGGCACCGCAACGCCGCCGACCCCUUCCUCUGGAAGCAGCUCAGCGCCAACGCCCUCAUCUUCCUCUGCACCAACGUGGUGGGGGUCUGCACCCACUACCCAGCUGAGGUGUCGCAGCGCCAGGCCUUCCAGGAGACCCGUGGCUACAUCCAGGCACGCCUGCACCUCCAGCGUGAGAACCGCCAGCAGGAGCGCCUGCUGCUCUCAGUGCUGCCCCAGCAUGUGGCCAUGGAGAUGAAGGAGGACAUCAACACCAAGAAGGAGGAUAUGAUGUUCCACAAGAUCUAUAUCCAGAAGCACGACAAUGUCAGCAUCCUCUUCGCAGACAUCGAGGGCUUCACCAGCCUGGCUUCGCAGUGCACGGCCCAAGAGCUGGUGAUGACUCUUAACGAGCUCUUCGCUCGCUUUGACAAGCUGGCGGCAGAGAACCACUGCCUGCGCAUCAAGAUCCUGGGGGACUGCUACUACUGCGUGUCGGGGCUGCCGGAGGCGCGCGGGGACCACGCGCACUGCUGCGUGGAGAUGGGGGUGGACAUGAUUGAGGCCAUCUCGCUGGUGCGUGAGGUGACGGGGGUGAACGUGAACAUGCGCGUGGGCAUCCACAGCGGGCGCGUGCACUGCGGCGUCCUGGGGCUGCGCAAGUGGCAGUUCGACGUCUGGUCCAACGACGUGACCCUCGCCAACCACAUGGAAGCGGGCGGCAAAGCUGGCCGCAGUGCCCAGGAGGCCCUCAACCCCGAGGAUGAGGUGGAUGAGUUCCUGAGCCGGGCCAUCGACGCCCGCAGCAUUGACCAGCUCCGUAAGGACCACGUCAAGAAGUUCCUGCUCACCUUCCAGACACCCGAGCUGGAGAAGAAGGGCAUCGAUGACUCCAGCAAGGACAACCGCAGUGCCCAGGAGGCCCUCAACCCUGAGGAUGAGGUGGACGAGUUCCUGAGCCGGGCCAUCGACGCCCGCAGCAUUGACCAGCUCCGUAAGGACCACGUCAAGAAGUUCCUGCUCACCUUCCAGACACCCGAGCUGGAGAAGAAGUACUCCAAGAAGGUGGACGACCGCUUCGCUGGCUACGUGGCCUGCACCCUCCUCGUCUUCUGCUUCAUCUGCUGCCUCCAGAUCGUGGUGUUCCCCCACUCCCCGCUGAUGCUCGGCGUCUACAUUGGCAUCUUCAUCCUCCUUGCCACCAUCCUCUUUGUCUGCGCUGUCUACUCCUGCAUCACGCUCUUCCCUGCUGCCCUGCAGCGGCUCUCGCGGAAGAUUGUCCAGUCCCGCGCCCACAGCACCGUCAUUGGGGUCUUCACCAUCCUCCUCGUCUUCAUCGCCGCCUUCGUCAACAUGUUUGCUUGCAGCCGGGUGGCCCUGCGGGACUGUGCCGCCCGCGAGCUCAACGUCACCCCCGAGGCUGUGGGACCCUGCCAGCUCCGGGCCCUCAACUUCUCCCUGGGGACCCCAGCAGGCCCCUGCCACCAUGAUGGGCUAGCCUGUGACUUCCCCGAGUACUUCAACUACAGCGUGGUGCUGAGCCUGCUGGCCUGCUCCGUCUUCCUGCACAUCAGCAGCAUCGGCAAGCUGCUGCUCAUGGUGGCCAUCGAGGCCACCUACCUGGUGCUGGUGGAGGGGCCCCAGGCCGCCCUCUUCGACAACGCCGACCUGCUGGUGGUGGCCAAUGCCCUGCCCUCCUUCAAUGUGACCCAGGGUGAAUGCCCAGCAGAGGGGAAGGUGGCCCUGCGAUACGUCACCCCCGUCAUCCUGGCUGUCUUCGCGCUGGCCCUGUACCUGCACGCGCAGCAGGUGGAGUCCACCGCCCGCCUCGACUUCCUCUGGAAGCUGCAGGCGACGGGGGAGAAGGAGGAGAUGGAGGAGCUGCAGGCCUACAACCGGCGGCUGCUGCACAACAUCCUGCCCAAGGACGUGGCGGCACAUUUCCUGGCACGGGAGCGGCGCAAUGACGAGCUCUACUACCAGUCCUGCGAGUGCGUGGCCGUCAUGUUCGCCUCCAUCAGCAACUUCUCUGAGUUCUACGUUGAGCUGGAGGCCAACAACGAGGGCGUCGAGUGCCUGCGGCUGCUCAACGAGAUCAUCGCCGACUUCGACGAGGUGCUGGAGGGCAGAGUGGGAUGUGAUGGGCUGGAUUGUGGGGAUGGGGUGCGUGGGGUGCUGGAGAGGCCAUGGGGCUCAUCAUGGGGUCCCUGGGGUGGGCACGGACUGCGUCCGGCACCCCAGCUCAAGCGGAUGGGGGCUGCCCGUAGCCCAGCAGAGGGGAAGGUGGCCCUGCGAUACGUCACCCCCGUCAUCCUGGCUGUCUUCGCGCUGGCCCUGUACCUGCACGCGCAGCAGGUGGAGUCCACCGCCCGCCUCGACUUCCUCUGGAAGCUGCAGGCGACGGGGGAGAAGGAGGAGAUGGAGGAGCUGCAGGCCUACAACCGGCGGCUGCUGCACAACAUCCUGCCCAAGGACGUGGCGGCACAUUUCCUGGCACGGGAGCGGCGCAAUGACGAGCUCUACUACCAGUCCUGCGAGUGCGUGGCCGUCAUGUUCGCCUCCAUCAGCAACUUCUCCGAGUUCUACGUUGAGCUGGAGGCCAACAACGAGGGCGUCGAGUGCCUGCGGCUGCUCAACGAGAUCAUCGCCGACUUCGACGAGGUGCUGGAGGGCAGACUCAAGCGGAUGGGGGCUGCCCGUAGCCCAGCAGAGGGGAAGGUGGCCCUGCGAUACGUCACCCCCGUCAUCCUGGCUGUCUUCGCGCUGGCCCUGUACCUGCACGCGCAGCAGGUGGAGUCCACCGCCCGCCUCGACUUCCUCUGGAAGCUGCAGGCGACGGGGGAGAAGGAGGAGAUGGAGGAGCUGCAGGCCUACAACCGGCGGCUGCUGCACAACAUCCUGCCCAAGGACGUGGCGGCACAUUUCCUGGCACGGGAGCGGCGCAAUGACGAGCUCUACUACCAGUCCUGCGAGUGCGUGGCCGUCAUGUUCGCCUCCAUCAGCAACUUCUCUGAGUUCUACGUUGAGCUGGAGGCCAACAACGAGGGCGUCGAGUGCCUGCGGCUGCUCAACGAGAUCAUCGCCGACUUCGACGAGGUGCUGGAGGGCAGAAUCAUCAGCGAGCAGAAAUACCGCCAGCUGGAGAAGAUCAAGACGAUCGGCAGCACCUACAUGGCGGCCUUUGCACACCCCUUUAGCCUGAACAUGGGCCCGGUGGUGGCAGGAGUGAUCGGGGCGCGCAAGCCGCAGUACGACAUCUGGGGCAACACCGUCAACGUCUCCAGCCGCAUGGACAGCACCGGGGUCCCCGACCGCAUCCAGGUGACAACGGACCUGUACCAGGUGCUGGCGGCCAAGGGUUACGUGCUGGAGUGCCGGGGGCUGGUCAAGGUCAAGGGGAAGGGGGAGAUGACCACCUACUUCCUCAACGCUGGCCCCGGGGGGAGUUAGGGACGGUGCCCCCCCAGCCUGCCUUGGGGUCAGGCAAAAAAAAAAAAGGAAAAAUCCCCAAAUAUAUUUAAAAAAAAAGGAAAGAAAAAAAAAAAAGAGGAAAAAGGGAAAAGUGGA